UGCUUUUCCUCCCACAACAAGAUAUGUACUUUGCCAAAACUAUUUAUUAUAAAUAUUUAUACUUGCCUCAAUACAAGCGCUUUGACACUAUAUCAUUAUACUUAAGCUAUUUUCUUAAUUUUUUGAUCCGUUUAUAAAAGACAUCUCUUUUUGUAUCAGCAGCAAACAGCCAGAAAGCCAUAGCGUACGGUCUUAACCAUAAAAUACAGAUGAUAUUCCUUCAAGAAGCCUAAAAUGCUAAGCAGAUAAAUGACCAAAUAUCUGUGUUAUUUCAAAGGUUAGUGAUCCAAAAAAAGUCUGAAUUUAAAAUAACUGCGAUUUUGGUUUGUCGAACGUGGGUGUUUUCUUUUCUUUUCGUUUCCCCUUUCUUUUCUCUUUUAUUUUAUUUCCCCUUCCAAUGCCACUCGAUGAACAAAUAGCAGAACCACGCAGAAAACGUGCAAAGAUAGUCAGUGCAUGUGGCGAAUGCCGACGAAAGAAAACUAAGUGCAAUGGAGAACAACCUUGCCGAAAUUGUGAAAAAUCGGGAGUUCCUUGCAUCUACCCUUCUUGUUCUAAUGAAGAUAAACGAAAUGCUCCCAGUAAAGCAGCCCUGGAGGCUAUAGAAGAGCGUUUAAAGACUAUCGAAGACAUGUUACGAACAAUAAUAAAAGCACAAAACGUACAUUCAAUUAAUAUGGAUCCCGUCGUUAAUAAUUUCCUACAUGGCGAAUCCAAAUCUUGUUCACCACCACCAGCAUUACCAGCAUCGGCACCACCACCAGCAGCAGCAACAGCACCGCCACCAGUAUUACCACCUACUUCACCUAGUCAGCAGAACCGUUUACCUUCUAUUCGGAGCCUCUCCACCCCUUUUACUACCGAACAAAGAUGGUAAAUAUCCUUGAAAAUUGAUGAAGUUUUUU